UUUAUUAUUUCCAGUUGUAGUCGAAGCUUUUGCCCAACGACUGUGAAGAGUUUCAGAGUUCUUGCUGCUGAGCAGCGCUUCAGCAGAAUCACCAUUUCAAUUAGAAAAUCGUCGGAUUCAGCCUUUUAGGCUCCGGCGACAAUCCUCAUCAUGGUCGCUUCCUCGGUUCUUAUGGUGGCUGAGAAGCCUAGCAUUGCGCUCUCGAUUGCUUCUGCACUCUCGCACGGCCAAAUGUCUACAAGAAAGGGUAGCACAGAGGUACAUGAAUUCGAUGGGAGAUUUCUUGGGCAUCAUGCCCAUUACAAAGUGACAUCGGUUAUCGGACAUGUUUUCAGUAUAGAUUUCCCUGCUAGAUUUCAAGAUUGGAAGGCAACUGAUCCUUUGGAUCUUUUUCAAGCUUCAGUAAUUAAGACAGAAUCAAACCCAAAGGCUCACAUACGUCAACAUUUAAGUCGGGAAGCUCGUGGUUGUGAUUGUUUGGUUUUAUGGUUGGAUUGUGAUCGUGAAGGAGAAAAUAUUUGUUUUGAAGUUAUUGAAUGCACUGGAUUUGGUGGCAAUGAAUAUAGGAAAAAAGUGUAUCGGGCAAGGUUUUCUUCCGUUACUGAAAAAGAUAUUCUGAAGGCUUUGGAUAACCUUGUUGAACCUAAUAGAAAUGAGGCACUGGCUGUAGAUGCUCGACAAGAGAUAGAUUUGAAAGUUGGAGUAUCUUUUACACGAUUUCAGACUACAUUUUUUCAGGGAAAAUAUGGGAACCUUGAUUCCAGACUCAUCUCCUAUGGGCCAUGCCAAACUCCCACGCUUGGGUUUUGUGUACAGCGUCAUUUGCAAAUAACUACUUUUAAGCCAGAAAAAUUUUGGUCUGUGUGCCCUUAUAUCAUGCAAAAUGGCUAUGAACUUAAUCUAGACUGGGAGCGUGGCAGGCUAUUUGACUGUGAUGUUGCUACAAUGUUUCAAAAGCGAGUAAUGGAAGAUGGAAUUGCAGAAGUAACACAAAUAUCAGAGAAGCAAGAAAGCAAAGUUCGACCUUCUGGACUAAAUACAGUUAACCUUCUGAAGGUUGCUUCAAGCGCACUAGGAUACGGACCUCAAAUGGCAAUGCAACUAGCUGAACGAUUGUAUACCCAAGGGUUCAUCAGCUAUCCACGUACAGAAAGUACGGCUUAUCCUUCUUCAUUUGACUUCAAAGGCACUCUACAUUCCCUAGUGAAAAAUCCAGAAUGGGGUGAUUAUGUAAGGGUGCUUCUAUCCGAUGGAUACAGUAAGCCACGAUCAGGAACUGAUGUAGGUGAUCAUCCUCCUAUUACUCCAAUGUCUUUAGCAACUGAAGACAUGGUGGGGAGAGAUGCUUGGAGAUUGUACCAAUACGUGUGUCAACACUUCAUUGGGUCUCUAUCAUCUGACUGCAAGUAUCUUAGGACGAAGAUACAGUUUUCAAUCGCUGGGGAAAUAUUCAAUUGUACUGGGUCCAGUGUUAUGGUAAAAGGAUUCACCUCCAUUAUGCCAUGGUUGGCAGUAAAUGAAAAAAAAUUACCUCAGUUUCUGAAGGGACAGAAAAUAGAAGUUGCAAAAGUGGAUCUUUAUCAGGGGAACACCUCGCCUCCUGAUUAUUUAAGUGAGAGUGAGUUAAUUUCUCUCAUGGAGAAGCAUGGAAUAGGCACGGAUGCAUCAAUACCUGUACACAUUAACAACAUAGGCGAGCGCAACUAUGUGCAGGUUCAAGCUGGGAGGAGGUUGGUUCCAACUAACUUGGGCAUCACCUUAAUCAGAGGUUAUCAGUGUAUUGAUCCAGAUCUCUGCUUACCAGAUAUUAGAAGUUUCAUCGAGCAACAGAUCACUUUUGUUGCCAAAGGUCAAGCAGAUCAUUUUAGUGUUGUGCAGAAUGUACUGCAACAGUUCAAGCAAAAGUAUAGCUACUUCGUUAAGAAGAUCGAUCAUAUGGAUGCUCUGUUUGAAGCACAAUUUUCUCCUCUUGCGGAGUCGGGACGUGCUUUGAGCAAAUGUGGCAAAUGCCUACGUUAUAUGAAGUUUAUUUCUUCCCAACCACAGCGCCUGUACUGUGGUACAUGUGAGGAGGUUUAUUAUCUUCCUCAAAGGGGAGCAAUAAAGCUGUACAAGGAACUUACAUGCCCUUUGGAUAACUUUGAGCUCUUGAUUUUUUCCUUACCUGGUCCAGAAGGCAAGUCAUUUCCUCUUUGCCCAUACUGCUACAAUAGUCCUCCAUUCGAGGGUAUCGACACAUUAUAUGGUGCUGCUAAAACCAACCCGAGUUCUGGAGCAUCGAGCAAGGGAAUGGGCAUGCCAUGCUUCCUAUGCCCGCACCCAACAUGUCGACAUUCUUUAAUAACCCAAGGAGUUUGCGCUUGCCCGGAAUGUAGCGGGACGCUUGUCCUAGAUCCAGUGGGUGCACCCAACUGGAAACUCAACUGCAACAAAUGCAAUUGUCUUGUCUUCCUUCCUCAGGGUGCUCAUAGGAUUGCCACCACAAACGAGAAGUGUGCUGAAUGUGACUCUACAAUUAUAGAAGUGGACUUCAACAAGAAAACUACUCCAUUGGAGGGUGGAGCUACAUUGUUUGUUGGGUGCAUUCUUUGCGAUGAAUUUCUCCACUCCCUUCUGGAGAUGAAGCAUGGAAAAUCAUUUUUCAGAGGGAGAGGUUCUAGAGGAAGGGGACGGGGACGGGGAAGGGGAAGGGGAAGAGGACGUAGUUCUGGGAAACUGAUGGACCCGAAAAUGAGUUUCCGAGAUUUCUGAAGAAAGGCAGACCAUCUUUCAGGAAUUGUAGAGGAAGAGUACGCAAAAUUUAGGUAGAGAACACCAAGAUGAACCACCUAAACCUUUUCUUAUACAUUAUUUACCUUUUAACUCGUAUGGUGCCUGUUUCAUAGGUUGUGAAGCUGCUGCUGUACAUCCUUCUUUUCCUCCUGUUUCCUUUUAUGGUCAGGAUUUUGAACACAUUAAUGUGGAAUAAUGCUUGCAUUCAAUCUAUUAUGUUAUCUGAGUAA